UUCUUCGAGAAAGGGGGGUUUUUGACCACGUCUUCGAUCUCAUCCUCCUCUCGAUUCCAUCACCUCGCCUUCGUCGCACCUUCGGCACCUUCACCCGAGUCGUCGUCACCGGAGAGAUGAAGCGAGUUUUUGGGGCCAAGAAGAACAAGGAGCCGCCACCGACGAUUCAGGAGGCGACCGAUAGGAUAAAUAAAAGGGGAGAAACAGUUGAUGAGAAAAUCAAGAAACUUGAUGCUGAAUUAGCUAGAUACAAGGAGCAGAUCAAGAAGACACGACCUGGUCCUGCUCAAGAAGCUGUCAAAGCCCGAGCAAUGAGGGUUCUUAAGCAAAAGAGGAUGUAUGAGGGACAGCGUGACAUGAUGUAUAACCAGACAUUCAACCUCGACCAAGUUGCCUUUGCUACAGAGGGACUUAAAGAUGCUCAACAGACAAUGUCAGCACUGAAGUCUGCAAACAAGGAGUUGAAAGGGGUGAUGAAAACUGUGAAUAUUUCAGAUAUAGAUAGUAUGCAAGACGAGAUGCUUGAUAUGAUGGAUAUUAGUACAGAAAUCCAAGAAUCACUUGGAAGAAGCUACAAUGUCCCUGAUGACAUUGAUGAGGAAGAACUAUUUGGUGAGCUUGAUGCUUUGGAAGCUGACAUGGGAGCAGAGAUUGAAUCUGAUGCAGUUCCAUCUUAUCUUCAACCAGAUAAGGAAUCUGACCUGGAUUCAGAACUCAACUUACCUGCAGCUCCAACAGGCAAUGCUGCAGCAGUACACAACAGAGUCAAUCCCCAGGAUGAUCUAGGCUUGCCUGCUGUGCCCCAAGCAUCAUUACGCAAUUAGAGUAGUUGUCACCAGGAUUGGCAGAUGGAACUACUAUUCUCACGUGCGGUGUUCAUGUUCACAAACACGAUAAUGUACUCCAGGAUUGGUAGAUGCAACUACUAUUCUCAUGUGCUAUUUAUUUGAUACUGAUGUAAACUAUUUUAAAAUAUGAGGAUCAUUGUGAGCAUGACUUGUGAUAUGUUACAGGCGUGUGGACCAGUUUAU